UAGAGGUGGCAGGAAAGGAAGGGGUGGGGGUUGGGAGCCCGCUCAGGUUGAGGACAGCUGGUCCUUGCCUCUCCUCCAAACACGGGACACAGGAGGCUGCUGGGGACUCUGCAGGAACACUUAGCACAAGUCUCCCACAGUCUCAUCCUGAACCCCUGUGCCACCUGCUGCGGAGAGACAUCAGGUCCCAGGCACCUCUAUCCUCCAGUGGUGGGGUGUGAACAGGCCAGAGUCUCAAGUGGAAGAACAGAGGCUCCAGGACGUCUGGGUCCCCAGAGAUGUCACCUUCGCUGCUGGUGGUGCUGUGCCAGUUGCUGCUGCUGCUGUUGCUGGGGAACUCAGAGCCCUCAGGGGCCACACUGAUCCGGGUCCCCCUUCGCCGAGCCCACCCUGGACACAGCAUCCUGAGCCCACUGGGCACAUGGGGACAGUCAAUAGAGCCCUCUAGACUGGGGACCCCCAUCUCUGGUAACAAGUCUACCCUGGUGGCUCUGUCCAAGUUCAUGAACACCCAGUACUUUGGGAACAUUGGACUGGGCACGCCUCCUCAGAACUUCACAGUGGUCUUCGACACGGGUUCCUCCAAUCUCUGGGUCCCGUCCACCAGAUGUUACUUCUUCAGUGUGCCCUGCUGGUUCCACCACCGUUUUAAUCCCAAAGCCUCCAGCUCCUUCCAGUCCAAUGGGACCAAGUUCACCAUUCAGUAUGGAACUGGGCGUCUGAGCGGAGUCCUGAGUGAGGACACACUGACUAUCGGAGGGAUCAAAGGUGACCCUGUGACGUUCGGGGAGGCUCUCUGGGAACCCAGCCUGAUCUUCGCUUUUGCCCACUUCGAUGGGAUCCUGGGCCUCGGUUUCCCUUCUCUGGCGGUGGGAGGAGUUCGGCCCCCACUGGAUACGCUGUUGGAGCAGGGGCUUCUGGAGAAGCCAGUCUUUUCUUUUUACCUCAACAGGGUUUCUGAGGGUUCUGAUGGAGGAGAGCUGGUCCUGGGGGGCUCAGACCCGGCUCACUAUAUCCCUCCCCUCACCUUUGUGCCAAUCACCGUCCCUGCCUACUGGCAGGUCCACAUGGACAGUGUGAAGGUUGGCACGGGGCUGUAUCUCUGUGCCCACGGCUGCAGUGCUAUCCUGGACACAGGCACAUCCCUCAUCACAGGACCCAGUGAGGAGAUCCGGGCCCUGAAUAUGGCUAUUGGGGGAUUUCCCUUCUUAGCUGGGCAGUAUCUCAUUCAGUGCUCAAAGAUCCCAGAACUUCCCCCAGUCUCCCUCAGCCUCGGAGGAGUCUGGUUUAACCUCACAGGCCAGGACUACAUCAUCAAGAUUCUUCACAGUGACUUCGGCCUCUGCUUGUCCGGCUUCCAGGCCUUGGACAUCCCCAAACCAGCUGGACCCCUCUGGAUCCUCGGUGACGUCUUCUUGGGGUCCUACGUGGCCGUCUUCGACCGCGGGGAUAAGAAGAGUGGACCCCGCGUGGGCCUAGCUAAGGCUCGGUCAAGAGUAGCUGGUCGCGGAGGGGGCGAGGCCGCGCAGGCGCAGUUCUCCAGCGGACGCCCUGGUUAGGGUGCCCGCGCACGGGAUGGCCACGGAGAUCUGGCUUUCCAGUAAAGAAAAAAAUAAAAAUA